UGGCUGGGUCACGUGCCCCGAAUGCCGAGCAGAUCCGGGCGCUGCAGUUGGCUCGCAAAGCUGAGCGUGCGCAGUGGCCGGCGGGAGUUCCGGGCUCAGAUUGAUUGCAAUGUCUCACUGCAUUGGUCUGUUAUCCAUUGCUGCUAAAUUCAGUUUGCUGGUUUUUCUGCUUUCUGCAGUGUUUUUGUGUUCAAGCUUAAGUGACAGAAAUCCAGAGUUUGCCCUUACAAAAACAGAAGAGAGUGAUUUAAAAGAAGAGAAUGGGAAAGAGUCAGUAACUGAGGAUGAUGCUGAUGCUGAAGACUUAGAAGUGUUUUAUCCAACAAAUUGGUGGCAAACAGUUCAUCCAGUGCCGGGUCCUUUCCACCAGGCAGGGAGGAAGUGCUUGGACGGAGACAAGCUUUUGUUUAAGAGCAUAUUCAUUUUAGGUCAGGCUAUUCCUGCAGGGUUACACGUGCGAUUAAAUCUUCAAACAGGAGAAAAAGAAGCCAAACUUCCAGAUAGCACAAAUGAAAAAAGUGACAUGAAAGACCAGAAAAAAAGGAAAAGGCUGGACAAGGUGGAUAUUGACUCAAAUUCGUUUACAUCACAGGAACUAAAGGAGGCUUUGGCUAAAUUGAAGGAAAAUGAAAAGACAAAAAGCACAAUGGAGGUAAAGGCUAAUCUGGAAGAUGUCAGAAAAAGGUUCCGUCCCAUAGAAGAGCUGAAGGCAGAAUUUGAGCGACUCAACAUGAGGAUAGAAACUGAUUACGAAAUUAUGGUUAAAUUAAUCAACAAAUUCAACAGCUCUGAUUCUAUGCUGGAUGAAAAAAUAGCAGCACUUUAUGAUCUUGAGUAUUAUGUUCAUCAGGUGGACAAUGCUAAAGACUUUCUUUCCCUGGGUGGACUUCAAUUAAUGAUUAAUGCACUAAAUAGUACAGAGGCUGUGAUGAAGGAGCAUGCUGCCUUCGUCCUGGGAGCUGCAUUAUCUAGCAAUCCCAAAGUUCAGAUUGAAGCAAUUGAGGGUGGUGCUUUACAAAAGCUGCUGGUUAUUUUAGCUACAGAACAACCCUUGGCUGUGAAGAAGAAGGCUCUGUUUGCUUUGUCUUCGAUGUUGCGACACUUCCCCUAUGCCCAGCAGCAGUUCCUCAAGCUUGGUGGCCUUCAAGUACUUAGAAAUCUCUUCAAAGAAAAAGGCAUGGAGGCGCUCUAUGUGCGAGUUGUGACACUGCUCUAUGAUCUGAUUAUGGAAAAGAUGCUGCUUGAGGGUGCCCAGAACAAUGAAGACCAAAUGGAAGAGAAAGUCCAGCAGUACAGCCAAGUGAAGCUGGUGCCCGCUGUGGUAGAACAGGGCUGGUGUGCCAUUGUUUCCAACCUCCUGGCACUGCCGGAGCAUGACACUCGAGAGAAAGUCCUAAAAACAGUGAGUGUUCUGAUGGCCUUCUGCAAGGAUCGAUACCGUGGGGACCAGCACCUCAACAUCACACUAAGCAUGUUGCGCAGCGAAUAUGAGGAGCUGGCGGCUGAAGAACAAAGGGAAGGUGACAAAGAUGGCUAUUUUAAGGAACUUCUUGGCUCCAUAAAUACCAUUAUUCAGGAAUUAAGAUGAAAGCAGCUGUAAUUUCACUGAGAUUUAAGAAGUAAUUCAGGACAACUGCAUGAAUGUUGCUGGUUCAGGCUUAAAUAAACUAUUGAAUAAACUGCUGGUCCAAGCAAAAUCCCUCUCCAAGGCGAGUGAGCCAGUAGCUUCGUUACUAAAAGCACAAGCAUUUGGGGGUAUAUUUUCAGCUCAUUUCUUGGCCCAUGCUAAUUUCUCAGCUAAUGAGGGUGUACAUUUUCAAACAUAUAUUACACCUCAUACUCUGCUUGCUUCUGAAUUGUUUACUGUAAGUGACUGAAAUAUUUUAUCCAGAUAGAGAAAAGCAGCGAUUUUUUGGAGUCCCAAGGACUGAUGAUACACUUGCUUAUCAGGCAGCUGUGCAUUUGGAUUUUCUAAAGGAAAAAGACUUCUUCAUAUAACACUGAUCAGGCUUUCUCCUUUGGAUUUGUACUACUUUCUAAUCUUUACAGAGGCUCUGGAAACUGCUGGUUGUGUUCUGAUCUUUAAGUUUUCAUCCUGCUUGUGUUUUUUACUCAGAAACCUCAAGAAUAUUGAGUCUUGUUAUACCUAGGUCUGGUUAGAGAUGUGUAAAACCAAGAUUGGGAGGGGGUUUUUUCCAACCCUUAUUUGAAAGAGCAUAGACUCUUUAGCAAAAAGAGCCCUUCUCACAAUGUUUGCUAGACACUUGAAUUAAAUACAUGUUUAAAAACCAAAACCUCAAGCAUUCUAAAUAGCUCUGAUUAGAAAUCAUUUCUCCUGCCAACCAGUCAGGUUAUACUUGCUUCACAACUGUAAUAUGAACUUUUUUCUUCUUUAGUUGUUCAAAACUCUGCUUAGGGUAGACAAGACCUGAAUUUCUAAUGGUUUUUUAAUGGGAAACAAAAACAAUCUAGGGAGGGGCUUGGAAUUCUUUUGGACUGUCUUUAUACAUCAAGGGAAAUAAAAUUUAAAAGCUACUUUUUUUUUUUCCUUGUACACUUUACUUUUAAAUAUUUUUGUGCCUUCUGAUCUUAUGAGAAUACUGCCUGUAGCUGGGGGUGGAAGGAAAUAUUUUUUCCAAUAUUUCAAUUUUUUUUCUAUUCCGGACAAGGGGGAAAAGAAACAUAAAAUAUUUUUAAUUUCCCAUAAAGCAGCGUUUCAAAAAAAAAAAAAUCAUGUCGGCCUCAUUGAAACAUUACCUGUCACUCAGGCAAAAGCCUGCUAUUACAGCAUUGACCACACCUUCACUUUUUAAAACUUUGCUUAUAAAAAACAGUGAUUUGAGUUAAAGUUUUGGCCUUGAAACAGUCCCAUACCAAAAAUGUUGAAGUGAGCUGAAUAAACAGUGCCUCAGAAAAGUGAUGCCAAAAUCAAACACAGGUUUCAAAAUAUUCCUAUCAUGACAAAAAGAGCAUUUGUCACCAGAAGAGCAUUUCAAUGAAGCACUUGCAACCAGCUCUACUGGGAGCUGCUGUGAAUCCCUCUGACUGUCAGCUUCAGCUGCUUCAACCCGGGCCAGUGCUACCAGUUGUACUGUGUGGGGCUUUUACAGUGCAGAGAAAUAUCCAUUACAGGCUGGACUGAGGCUACCAAUUCCUCUUCCCCUAUGAUCUUAGCAGACUUGAAUCCAGGUCCCAUUAACCUGCAGUACCACCUGGCCCUUCUUUGCUUCUUUUUCUGUUUAUAAUUGCUAUGUACAGAAAACCCUGAGCUGGUAUCUUUUUAUUUUUAACAGAAAGUGAGACUUGGAGUGCUAUGUGGCUGGAGCAGGCACAGUUAGGCGGCUGUACCAAAGGGACCUUCCCCAGCACAGCAGGGCACUGUGAGGAUGGGGAGCUGCUUUGCUGCCUGUGCCAUGUGGGCAUGGGAUAACUUUGCCAUUUUAGUGCCAGGUUAUUAUCUUUGGUUGUUUGGCUUUCCCUGCCCAGAGUGGAUGCCACCAGAAUGACUGGAUGGUUGCUCUGUAAUCCUGGUGGCUCCUGCAGGGUUUCCCAUCAGGAGUCCCUAAUGAUGAUAGAAUAAUAAAUAGUUGUAUUUAUACAGCAUCCAUCUGCCACUGCCUUGUAAGGACAGCAUGAAACAAUGUGCUCCCAAUGAAUCGAGUUGCCAACCACUUGAGAGCCCGCAUCUUCCAGCCCUUCUGCAAGCAGGCAAAAGCUGUGCAGGCAGGAGGGUGCAGAAGCACAAGGUUGCAACAUAAAAUAUGCAGGCUAUAGCCACUUUGUCCAGUAUAGUCCUGCAGCCUGGGAGCUUCCCUGAGGGUGGAAUGUACAGGUUGCAAUCUUCAGCUUAACCAAGCAUGGGCUGUGCCCCUCCCUGAAGCUGGCAGAGCCAAGGGAAGGGGUGUGGGCAGGGCUUCCCUGCACCCUGAGGACACCCAGAAGCCAGGACAACCUAUUAAAGCAGACUUCAGGCUGCUUCAAUGGCAGGAGACUGAACUGGCAGGCAGCUGCCCAGAAGCAGGUGGGCACAAGUGGGGUUUUAACCCACUUUUGCAAAUGCACUGCCUCCUUCUAGCUCUGUGCUUUGGUGCCACAGCUCAGGGCAGAAACCAAAGGUUUUGCCAGGCCUGGAACCUCUUUAACUCUCAAAAUCAGCUCCUUACAUAAACUGCCUUCAUGUGCCAACAGACAGGAGUGGGGGCCAAUGCAGCAGUCAGGCAGGUCGUCACCUAAGAGUACUUGUGCAUUUGGCCCUGGCUUUAGCUCCUGGGCCAGAGAGCAUGCAUCAGGGUGCCCAUGGCAAAGUAGUGGACUCUCCAUCACUGGAGGUGUUCAAGAAGAGGGAUGUUCUAAGUGUAGCUAUGCCUGUGUUCUGCUGUGGGUAUUUCCCAUGUUUCUAGGCUUUGCUGGUUUCUGUAUGGGAGGGAAUUCCUCCCCUUCCCCCACCUUCCCCAGAAGCAUUGGGUGUUGGCUGCAGUCAAGGCUGGGGAUUUUGACUAGGGCAUGCCAAUGUUCCUGCUGGAACUUAAAUCCACAUGUUCCUGGCUAAAGGGUCUUGCCUGUUUGCUCAGGGUCAGACCAGUUGCCAUAUUUGGGGGCAUGAAGGAAUUUUACCCCAUGGUCAGGUUGGUAGGCAUUGUGUGGGGUUUUGCCUUCCUCUGUAGCAGGGGUUGUGGCCCUCUUCCUGGGAUCUUUUGAGCAUACUACUCCUGGGGGUCUUCAAAAGGAGGCUACUUAAUCACCUAGCUGGGAUCAUUUGACCCCAGCAUUCUUCCCUACCAUGGCAGGGGGUCGGACUAGAUGAUCUACUCAGGUCCCUUCCGACCCAACCUGCUAUGAAACAAUGGAGCUCUCUGCCAGCCCUGCUUCUCUAUGAUUCAAUUCUUUAUGAUUCUCCCAGCAAAGGCCAAUGUCCUGCCAAAACUAAGCAGAUUCUCAAGUGGUGUGAGACACCAUGGCAUUCAUGGAGUUCAGCUGAUACCACUCCCCAAUACCAGCUGCAUGGGGAGUAGUGGAGACUCAUUGGCUUAGCCACUUCCUUGCUGUAAUCAGACGCUGGGUUCAGAUAUUCUCUUGCUUUCCCUUCAGAUAGAGGUUUCCUGUUCUCCUACUGUCAGGGCUUAUGUUGGGCUUUGUGUUUCCAAGUCAGCGUACUAAGGGUUCAGCCCCAAGUGUUCUCGCCUGCUACUGUCUAAUGCACGUUUGUUAUCUGUUAUGGAGAAGUCAGAGAUGUUAGAGGAUGAGCUUUGGUAUACAGACUCUAUUUUGACCUUUCUACAGAAUUCCAGAGAGCCUCCUUACCUCUUGUAGGAUGCUUUGGGAAGGGUCAGAGCUUUGACUGGAGGCUAUGUAAGUCUCCAUUUGAAUCUUUCAGGUUUUCGGAGGAGUUCCACAGUAUUUUAUUAAAUUUUAAUUCCUUUGGGAGGGGACCUCACUUUCUUGUCGGCUCAUUUAAAAUUCCUCAUGAGGUAUUUUUGAUCAAUCCCAACAGCAACAGUAUAAAAACAAAAAAGUUAUACGUGGCUCCUGCAGCUGAGAGACGUCAUAAGCACAACUGGAGCCAGUUCUCCACAUUCUGUACACCAGCCGUGAUAGAGAUCCAUCAAUAUACAAACACUCCUAAGCAUUUUAUCUCCACAUUUCAUGCAAUUCUGCAAAGCUCUGUGGAUGGAAAAUAACACCCUGUGCCUCAAGCUUGGAACAGACGCACAGGCACAGAAAUACCAUAGGCUCAGGGGACUGGAGCCCUUAAUGCCACCCAUGAAAUAGAUUUAUGCUAAUAGCACAUUGCCUUAUCCUGCUAUUGCAGUUGUAACCUGUGUCAAGUACUGCUCCAAAUGCCCCGCAUCUAAGGUGCCCUACUUACUUGCUGGGGGAAGGGCUUCUGCUGCUUUCCAUAGUUUCAGAUUUGCUUUCUGGAUAUAACAGAUCCUUCAGUAAUUGUUUCUUCAGCCUCAGGAGCAUCAGCAAUGAUGAUGCUACCCAUGAGAGAGAAACCAGCCUGCUAUCAAAGAGAAUCUGUAGGUGCCAAAUGCAAAGCCGACUGUGAAUACCUGGGAAGUUGUCACUGCUCAAUUAUCUUAUGCUUGUUAAGCUCACUGAUUAUUUAAGAUGUUGUUAAUACAAGCUGAGCAAUUCAUCUCGCCUGUACAGAACAGAUCAGCCUCCAAAACUUCCUCGGAUCAAUAUCAUCUCUUGAAAACAGCAGUGUGUAGCUACAGGUGUAGAUAGCAGGUACCACAGUGUCUUAUGCAGGGGACAAGCCACCUUAUAUCCGCAUCUCAUAAAAUGUACAACUUUGGCUAACAGUAAAUACCUGAAACUGAGCUUGGUAUUGAUUGGGCUAUUUCAAGGCUGUUAGCCCUUCCUUCUUUAUUCAGCCUAGAAAUUCAGGCUACUUUUACAGAUUGUCAAUUGUUGCUAUUAAAUAGUAGGUGUCAUUAUAAAUAUUGACUUUA